AUGGCGUGCCCGUGCCUGCCGUCCGAGCCGGAAGAGCUCGAAGGCUUCGACCCGGCGAUCGCGCUCGAGUGCUCGCAGCUCGCCAUGUGCCUCGCGUACGAGCCCGACGUUGGGUUUCGCGUGGCGCAGCUUCCUGAAUUUAACAUAUCCACGAGCGGCAUCGUCUUCACAAAGGACUACGAGCGCGACGGAAAGCGCGCGCUGAUCGUCUGCUGCCGCGGCACCCUCUUCGGCGUCGCGAAGGACAUGCUCCGCAACCUCUCCUUCAAGGUGUCCACCUCCACCGUCUUCAAAGGCUACAAGAAGGAAGAAGGGGGAAAGUGGGUGAAAGUGAGUGAAGGACUCAGGGGUCUCGCGGACGAGAAAGUGCACCGGGCGUACCUUGACCGCGCGAUGGGCUGCCUCUUCAGCUACCUCCUCCUCGUCAAGAUGGAGGCGGGUGAUGAAGGCGCUUACGACAUUGGCAAGUACGAGAAGGUGAUCGUGACGGGGCACUCGCAGGGCGGUGCGGUCGCCCAGGUCUUCGCGGCGCUGCUCGUGGGCAUGGACAAGGGGCUGCGGGCUCUGCGUGACGGACUCAUCGACAAGCUGGUGAUCAACGACUGGAGCGGCAGUGUCAACAUCUUCGGCGCCGACAAGGGCCAGCUGACCUCAUCCGAGCUCACAAUCACGAUGAAGAAAAACGCGGACGGUACAGAUGUGACGCCAAAAAUGUUUCACGUCGAGUGGACAGGUGCGUGGGAGCAUGAAAAGGACUGGCUGGUCAAGGACGCCCUGCUCCAGGACGAGGACGAGGACGACCGCAUGGGUACCCGCGAGACCGUGAGCGUGUACGCCUUCGCGCCGACCAAGAUCGCGAACAUGGCUUUCGAGCGCUGGUACGACCUGAAUGUGCCGCGCACGUUCAACUUCAUCAUGAAGUACGACCCCGUCGCGCAGAUGGUGUUUCCGUGGACGCGCCGGCCGGGCGGCCUGAUCGAGAUAACCGUGAAGAAGACCGACAACCUGCGGUGGCUCACCUUCCCCUUCAUUGACGCGAUGCUCAACAUGAUGCCGGUCCUGCCAAGGUGCUGCGCGAAGAAGGGCGACUACGGGAUGGACCUGCACGGCGGCCGGGUCUUCCUCGCCGCCAUCACCGAGUAUUUGCUCCAUCGGGACGGGGACUCGGAGAAGGCGUGGAAGGCGAUCUUGGCGAAGGCGUGGAAGGAGAUUGCGCCCUUUGUGAUGGAUGCAGAGUAUUUUGGCGGCGGCAACGAGCACUUUGUCACCUGGCUCCGCCUCCAGCGCUCGUACUACUUUAGCGCAGAAGAGGGCUCUUCGACGAUCCGGCUCGACGACGAGAAGGAGCAGAUCAAGCUGCUGAAGCAGGCCCACACAGGGGAGCUGUGCGACUUUGCGUACACGGCAGCGGCGCUCAAGGCGUGGAACGAGCAGGAGGGGGACGCAAAGUACCUCUCGCGCGACCUGCUCGAGUCGAAGCCCUCCACCGCCGCGGACAUCUUCUCCUUCGGCAUGGUGCUGUACGAGGUGCGGACAGCAGAGAGCCUGCCUGGCUCGGGGCCGCGCUGGGACGAGCUGCGGUCGGGGUCGGUGCCGCCGCCGGCCGACUGCGGCGCCGAGAUGGGGCGCCUGCUGCGGAGCAUGAUGAGCCCGCAGCCAGAGGCGCGCCCCUCCGCCGACGGCAUCCUUGACUCGUGCUGUGCGGCCGCCGCCGCCGCCGCCGCAGACCGGUGCGUAGCGGCGGCGAUGGGAUAG